CCACUUCAAUUACAGACAGACUUGCAAAAUAUCAAGAAGUCAUUAUUCUCAUGAAUGAAUAAUUAUGAAUAAUAGACUAUAGAGAUUAUCUUGGUUAGCUGAUCUUCCUCUUCUUCUCAUUCUCUGUUAUUUUGUUUUAUAAGGGUUUUUGCUAUCAUUUUCUGUUAUUUCAAGAAAAUGGAGACCGGGCAUCUUGGAUUUCUUCGUUAUCUGUUCUACUCCUUGUUAUUCAUCCCUGUUUUUGUGUUCCUAUUUCUUCUUGGGAUCAUUAAAGUUGCUGUAUUUUGCCCAUUUGUAUUUCUAGUGAUUGCAUUUGGAGAUACAUGUAUUAUUUUUGGGCUACUGCCGAUGCACUUAUUUUGGACUUCAUACUGUAUUGCCAAGUCAAAGAAAUUCGGCCCGUAUAUGAAAUGCUUGUUGAUUCUAUUAAUGCCGAUUCCAAUAGCGUUGUGGGCAGUUGUGGGUGUAGUAGGAAGUGUGAUUAUGGGUGUUUUUUAUGCCUUCAUUUGGCCUGUUAUGGAGACAUUUAGAGCUACUAAUCAAGAAGGCUAUGUUAAUAAGUUGGUCGCCUGCUUCACGGAUGGCACUUGUAGUAUUCUUUGGGGUGCAUGCACCAUCGUACGCGACUUUGCAGAUUUCUCCUAUUAUUCUUACUUCUCAGUGAUGGAUGAGUUGCUCGAGGUGAAAGACUGUGAGAAGCCGAUAGAACUCAAGGUUUUGCAGAUACCAGGAUGCAUAUUGGCAACAAUUUUCGGAUUAAUAGUGGAUGUUCCUAUGAUUAGUUUGAUAGUGAUAUACAAAGCCCCCGUCAUGUUGUUUAAAGGAUGGCAUCGGUUAGUUGAAGAUCUUAUUGGAAGAGCGGGACCUUUUUUGGAGGAUGUUUGUGUUCCCUUUGCUGGUUUAUUAAUUUUGAUGUGGCCGUUCAUUGUUAUACUAUCUGUUUUAGUCGGAAUCAUUUCAAGCUUCGGUUUUGGAGGUUAUGCUGCUGUUGUUGCGUAUCAGGUACAAUUCUAUCAACUUCAUUCAGAACUUACUACUUGCUUCGUCUUUCUUUCCCAAGCGAUGCUGCAACACGUGAUCGGAUUAUCCAGAUUUAGGUAUAGGGAGUCAACUGAAGCAAGUUUACCUCUGCUUCCUGUAAAGGAAUUGCACGAAAGGAUUGAGUCUGUUCAUGGUGCAAAACCUCCAUUAAGAACAGCCUCGAUGAAAUUGGAGGAACUGAAAGCUGCCGUGAUUUGGGAUAAUUUCUUCGAGACUUGUGAGUUUUCUGGGUUAGAGCUCCUUACAGAUGGAGCUAUUGGGAUAAUGGAUCUCAAGGAAUGGAAAAACUCUACCAACAAAAAGACGCUUACGAUUGGGAUUCCUGCAUAUGCAUUUCUUCGUUGCUUUCUUCACUCCAUCGAGAGUGGUUCUGAUGGAUUUCUCAUGCGUGAUAAUGUCCAAGUUACAGAUGUUAAUAGACCCGAAGGAAGAGUAUUUGAUUGGUUAUUUGAGCCAAUGAGUAUAAUGAAAGAACAAAUUAAGAGUUUGCAUUUACAAAAAACAGAAGAACUAUAUUUGGCGAAGUUAGCUCUAUAUUGUGGUGAUACUCAAAGACAGAGAGUGGAAGCAUGGGAAAAUGGUGGAAUUCCUCCCUAUAAUGAAAUUAGAAGAGCUCAGUUGGAGGGCAUAACAAGAAGGUUACAUGGGUUUUGCCUGACACUCUCAAGGCUGCCAACAUUCCGGCGCAGAUUCUGUGAGGUGGUAAACACAUUGGACCAAGAAGCAAAGCGACAGUUCAGUGGGUAUGGAAGUGAAAGCUUUAUAGAAUCAACUGUAUAGUUUCUUUUUCAAAUCAAAUUUGUCUGUUUGAUUUAUUUAUAUCUGGAGGUAUUUCUUCAUAUGUAGACCUAACGAAUAAAAGUGAAUGUUUUCAA